CACGUGUAUCCGCCCCUUGUUUUUGCUUCAUAUGUAGUCUCUCAUUUCAGUCAGCAGAUGGUGCUGCGGUUUCGGUGAAUUUUGGUGUCUCUUCAAUGCUUUUCUCCUGUUCCAGGUGUUGCUGUAUGUUCCCUUCCGGUCUCCGUACAGGAAUUUCUAGAGCAUGACGUCAGUUAUUCAACCAACAAGAAGCUCAAUUCUAAAAAGUUGAGAUUUUUCCUUCUCAUGAAACUAGCUCAUUUUACUUGGUCCAGAAGUGGAAUUUCUUAACUUUGGAUGGAGGCGGAGUGGAAUGAAAUACUCUGAAUAUAACUCGUCAUUCUGCAUCAGCAUGCGAACUUAGUAAAAGAAAAAAAAACAUCGACGACGUAGCCUACUCUGCAAUUAUCUUCAUGGAGGAACUGGAGGGUUCUGAAGAACGCCACUGUGUUGGAUGUGGAGGAAAAAUUCUAGAUUCGUUUCAUGUUACAGUUUUCCAAGAUACUUGGCACAACUCCUGCUUUCAGUGCUCUGAGUGCUGCGAUCACCUGACCACCUGGUACUACGAGAGAGAUGCCAAGCUGUUCUGUCGUAAACACUACUGGGAGAAGUUUGGAGGACUGUGCCAGGGCUGCUCUCUGCUCAUGACCGGGCCCGCCAUGGUAGCCGGGGAGUACAAGUACCACCCAGAGUGCUUUGUGUGUCUGAGCUGCAAGGUGGUGAUCGAGGACAGGGACACGUACGCUCUGGUGGAACGCUCCAAACUCUACUGUGGGAAGUGCUACAAGCAGGUGGUGCUAACACCCAUGUUGGAGAAGCGCUCUCCGGACUCCGGCCCAGAGUCCCUGCCCCACACCGUCACUCUGCUGUCCAUGCCCUCGGCCACUAACGGCCAGCGGGGGUUCUCUGUGUCCCUGGUGGGGGACGUGGGCGCUGGGACGGCCAGUCUGCAGGUCAAAGAGGUCCGAGGGAUGCACAUCAGCCCAGAGGUUCGCAACGCCAUCCACGUUGGCGACAGGAUCCUGGAGAUCAAUGGACUUCCUGUCGGAAACUUGAUGGAGGAUGAGGUGGAUGACCUCAUCCAUCGGACCAGUCAGACGCUGCAGCUGUUGAUCGAGUACGACCCCGUCCGGCAGCGAUUGGACCAGCUCAGGCUAGGCUCCUCCCACAACCGUCUGGGCGUGCCCGCCACCUCACGCAUGCGCCUGUCUUCUCCGCCGGACGGCGUCCUGGAGCGGGCGGACGAGGUGGACGACAGCUCUCUGAAGAGACGCUCUCUGAGACGCAGCAACAGCAUCUGUAAGUCCCCGGGCCCCACCUCCCCCAGGGCACACCCCUUCCUGUCGCGGGACAUCGGGCGCUCCGAGUCGCUGCGGUCCUCCAGCAGCUGCUCCCAUAGGAUCUUCCGCCCCUGUGACCUCAUCCACGGAGAGGUGCUGGGGAAGGGCUUCUUCGGCCAGGCCAUCAAGGUGACCCACAAGGCCACAGGAGAGGUGAUGGUGAUGAAGGAGCUGAUUCGCUGCGACGAGGAGACUCAGAAGACCUUUCUGAAGGAGGUCAAAGUCAUGAGGUGCCUCGACCAUCCCCACGUUUUGAAGUUCAUCGGCGUCCUCUAUAAGGACAAGAGGCUGAAUCUAAUAACUGAAUUCAUCGAAGGAGGCACACUGAAGGAUUUUAUUAGAGACAUGGACCAGUUUCCAUGGGAACAGAGGGUGAGCUUUGCAAAGAGCAUCGCUUCUGGAAUGACGUAUCUUCAUUCAAUGAGCAUCAUCCACAGAGAUCUCAACUCCCACAACUGCCUGAUUAAACUGGACAACACGGUGGUGGUGGCGGACUUCGGGCUGUCGCGGCUCGUCGUGGAGGAGAAGGUGAAGCACCCGCCUCCGGAGAAAAGCACCAAUAAGAAGAGGGUGUUCAGGCGCAUUGACCGCAAGAAGCGCUACACGGUGGUGGGGAACCCCUACUGGAUGGCCCCUGAGAUGCUGAACGGUGAGAGAUACGAUGAGAAAGUGGACAUCUUCUCCUUCGGGAUCGUGCUCUGCGAGAUCAUCGGGCAGGUUAAUGCAGACCCAGAGUGCCUUCCCAGAACCCUGGACUUCGGCCUGAACGUGGAGAAGUUCAUGGAGAAGUUUCUGCCUGACGACUGCCCGCCUGCUUUCUUCCCAUUGGCUGUGGCUUGUUGUGAUCUGAUUCCAGAAAACCGGCCUGCCUUCCAGAAGCUGGAGGACUGUUUCGUGGCUCUGGCCCUCAGCCAAGAGAUGGGCAUCCCUCUGCCGGCGGAACUGGACGAGCUGCAGCAGAGCCUGUCCCGCCUGCACCCUCCCAGAGACGAGUCCCCGGCCCCGAGCCCCACACCAGCGCCCCCUGCAGGCUCCGGCCCAGCCGACACCUAGCCCCUGGCGCAGCCCCCCGCCCCCCUCUCUCAGCCCCUCCAGAGGCCCUCCUGAGGGAGGCAGGCAGGGGAGAGGAGAGGGGGGAGAUUGACUGGACUGUUUUUUUUAUUUUUUUUAUAACCUGGAUAACCUGAGCAGUCUGGAUCUGGCUCCUCUUCCUGUGUGGUCAUGUGACACGUGUGAAGUGGAGAUAAGGGGAGGAGCCACAUUUCAAAUAAAGACUAUGGGGAACUUACCUGGAAGCAUUUCUCCCCCUCCCCCCCCCCCCACAAUCUCCCCUCUACUUUUACCCCCCAGUGCACACCAGGAAAUGCAAGGUCUUCCACAUCUGGUCUCUGUUUACUCCUGAAGUCAUGUGGCUCUGUCGCUGUUUAGAGAAGAUGACUCCCUGUUGAGAGGGUGCGACCUUGUGCUCCUGGUAUCAGGCCUCAUGAGGAAGCCAUGUUGUUUUGGUCUCUCCCCCCCCCUCCACAUCUCCACGCUCAGGCUUGAAGCGAUGCACUACAUGCUACGUGUUGAAUGUGGAGAUCCGUUCCUGCCUAUGGUGAAACUGAGAGGUUCUUCCAUAUCACCGUGAGCAGGGAAAAGGAGUGAGUCUGGCUGAGUUGACGUGUUGGAGUGAGUUUAGGACAGGGCUGUGGAGGGAAAGAGAGAGAGGCAUGUGGCUACACCACAGCGGGGUGCGAGGAGAGCAAACACCGACGUUACGCUGUGGGAAAACACCUUGCUGCUGAGCUUCUUCAGGAAUAAGGGAGACUCGGAAGCUUAAACCGACCUUCAUCUUGAAAUGUUACUGAUCAUAGAUGUUUGGUUAGAGCAACACAAACUCACUAUCACUGGUUGUGUUACUACAGUAAGUGCACUCACCUUUUUUACUUGCCGGUGGACCACGCAAAAUAAAUCCUUUUGUAUUAUAAGGCUUUAACUGACACCGAGUUACUGACGAAUAAUGGUCAAAUACAUCACACUAGCUGAAUGUUUUCCAGUGGAUUUAACUAUUUCAAUGAAGAUUUUUAGUAUUUGAUUAAAUGAAACGGUAAUUAUCAAGUGUUGAUUAAAAGUGUUUACUGGUUGUUAGAAUGAGAGGUGACAUUGGUGCAACAUCAUAACAGAUCUCCGUGUUGCAGCUGCUGAACAAUUUCGACUGGUUUCUCCACCCUCGCUAAAAGUGACCUGUACAAAUAGAACUGGAUUAUAUAUAUUUGUAUCAAUUUUGCUGUAAGAAAUGUAUAGAAAUGUAAAUAAUAUGCCCGUAUGAGAUGGCAUUUUCUUAUGGGAAUCAAGGGUUUGAAGACGUUUUGUAGAAUGAUUUACAACUUUCGAUUUUUUCGUAUUCUUUGCUAGAAUCGUGUUCUAAGGUACUGACUACAAGUUUUAACCACUAUUGCUUGUAUCAUCCUAGCGUUUCAUGAAUAAAACGAUCAAAACGUG